AUGUUGUUUUUAUUCCUCAACUUAUUUGUCUUGUUAUCAUUCUCUUCCUAUGUACAAAUUAUUUAUUUUGUGUUUGGUUGUUUUUUGCAGGAUAGCUUGGCUGACAGAAAAAAGAAACAGUAUGGCAAUGCAUCUCGACCAACUUCUCCACCAGUUCGCGAAGACAGUAGACGGCCGCCAGUGAGCCCGAAAUACCGAAAACCCAAGCAUCGGGAAAGCAAGGCCACAGACGAUCAUGUUUCGGCUGCCAGAUCGACUUCCAAGGGCAGCGAACCCGCGACGAGAUCGCCGCAUAGGACACGGGGCCCUCAGGACGCCAAAGGAAGGCGAGGCUCAGGAGGAACCGACGGGGAUGAAUUCAGACCACAGGACUUGGCGGAGUUUCUGGGGCGGCAAGACGGCUUUCAAGCGCCCGUGGGCGACAUGAGAGCUAAUUUCUCUUGGCAAGUGGAUCGGGCAUUAGCAAGCCUCCCUCAUAUCUUUUGCAUGAAGAAUGAAAGGAUGAAGUUGCGGCCAAAGAUCAGAGUCUGCGCUGCUUAUACGUCGCGCAGAGGCUGCAUUGACCGGUCAUCGUGCUUUAACAUUCAUAUCUGCCCCGGCUUUAUUUUUGGCGACUGUGAGUUGGAGAACUGCAGCAUGGGGCAUAGACUGCACACGAACCAUAAUGCCAGGGCAAUCCAAGCUUUUUAUCUAAGGUGUUUAAGUGAUAGUCAGUUGUGCCAUUUUAUAAAAAUGAAUGAAGAGACAUUGCAGCGAGAGACUACCCAACGGCAUCUCGACGUAUGUAGGGAUUACAAUAAGGAAAAAUGUAAUAAGAGCUGUGGUGCCCUGCACAUCUGCCUCGACUUUGUUCUUCGACUGGGUGAUUGUUCGAGGCCAACGUGCUUGCUGAGUCAUGAUCCCUUCACCUCGAAAAACUAUAAACUAUUGCAACAUUAUGAUUUUGACUUAGCAGGAAACCUCUGGCAGACACUGACUGCCAUAAUUUGUAGAAAUCCUCGGCUUCAACAGAUGCAAAAGAACGCUGCCUAUCAGAGAAAGCACAUCAGACCUCACGAUAAGCACACGAAUUCUCCUCGUAGAGAGACUCUUCACGUGAACAAGCAGAGCAUUGGGGCCACAUCUGAAAAAAGUAGGAACAUCAAUCGCAACGCUGAGACAAGCAGAACUAAUGUAUGGUCUCACCUUCCUGAGGGAUCCCCCCAAAUUCCUGAGAUAUGCUAUAAGUCAUUGUCCCGGACUUGUGAAGUUACCGGUUGCCCGAGACUCCACUCAGAGAUUCAUUUUCAUUGGCAAGUGACUGAAGAUUUUGACACUUGGUAUAACUUCCCUAAGAAACAUGUUACUUUUCUGGAAAAACAAUUCUGCAAUCCUGAGAAUAACCUGGUUAACCUGCAACGACUCGAUCGUUCCUGCCAAAACAAAGGUCUAUUAUCAUUAUUGAAAUGCCACCCUUGGAAAAUAGUCUUCAAUUUCACGCAGUGGGAUAAUAAUUGUGCAUGUAUUCCCAUUAUCUAUCGAGACAAGGAAUAUUACAUCCGGAGACUUUGCACCGAGAGAAAUCCGACGCAGAAACUAAGAGCAAACAGGUUCAUUUGGUAUUUCCAAGAUGACUCGCAGAAAUGGCGGCCGUUCGACCUUGCUGACAAUAAGAGACUGGAAGAUGCUUACCAACAGACUCCGGACGGAAAUUGUACAAUGCAGAUCGGCGUAGCCAGGUACAUAGUGGAUUUCAGGAAAAUGAAUCAGAAAAAUGUAUCGACAACGACAAUACGAAAUAUACGGCGCAGACCACUUACUUCAUAAUGAGAGAGAGAAGGAAAAUCUAUGCUUAUGAAUGCUGAGAUGAGGAACAAAGUACCCCUUUUCAUUCAUCUUAAAUUGGUGUGAGCGAUGUGUUUUAUGUGAUUCUAACUGAAGUGAUUUAUUGAUAAAAAAAAAAAAACACGAAAUAACAUUGAUUCAGCGCCUUAUAUUCUUGUUUCUUCGUUUUUUUCAUUGUAGGAAAUACCAUACGUUCCAUAGCAGGUACUUCGAUAGGCAAUCCCCACUGCUAGAUUUUUUUUGGUAUUUUUUGUGCUCUAAAGUGACUUAUGUCUUAUUGAUAUAUUUUGUUGUCAUUGGUAGUAGUAUAAUUUCAUUUUGUUCUCUUUAUUGUCUUCGAAUAAACAAAAACAAAACAAAACAAUAAAUACAA